GCGAGCUUGUCAGUUGACUGGAACGCGACCAGAUGGAAUUCCGCACUGGCUUCUCAACAGAUUCCACACGUUUUUAAAUUGCGUCGCGCACCUUUUUAGCGGACUUUAUUGCUCACAAACAACCCUGGCGUGACAACAACAGCCCGUCUGGGAGGCUCGGCUGCGCUGCGAACCGGGACAGAAAGCGGUCGAGACAUUUCCAGGAUUCCCCACCAAACAUCCUCCUACUGUCCCCGAGGCGAGUGUGUGUGCGUCCACCAUGCCGCUGUUUGGUAAAUCCCACAAGAGUCCGGCGGACAUCGUCAAAACGCUGAAGGAAAACCUGGCCAUCCUGGUCAAACAGGACAAGAAGACGGACAAGGCGUCCGAGGAGGUGUCGAAGUGUUUGGUCGCCAUGAAGGAGAUUCUGUACGGCAGCAACGACAAGGAGCCUCACACCGAGUCGGUGGCCCAGCUGGCCCAGGAGCUGUACACCAGCGGCCUGCUGCUGUCGCUGGUGGAGAACCUGCAGGUCAUCGACUUUGAGGGGAAGAAGGACGCGUGUCAGAUCUUCAACAACAUCCUGAGGAGGCAGAUUGGGACGAGGAGCCCCACCGUCGAAUAUUUCGGGUACCACCAUGACGUCCUCUUUAUACUGCUUAAAGGGUACGAGACUCCCCAGGUGGCGUUGAACUGUGGGAUCAUGCUGAGGGAGUGCAUCCGCCACGAGCCGCUCGCCAGGAUCGUUCUCCAGUCGGAACAGUUCUACAGUUUCUUCCGCUACGUGGAGAUGUCCACCUUCGACAUCGCCUCCGACGCCUUCGCCAGCUUCAAGGAUCUCCUGACGAGACACAAAGUGCUUGUGGCUGAAUACCUUGAACAGAACUACGAUGCCGUGUUUGUAGAAUACGAGAAGCUGCUGCACUCUGAGAACUACGUCACCAAGAGGCAAUCUCUCAAGCUCCUAGGCGAGCUGCUGUUGGACAGACAUAACUUCUCGGUGAUGACGCGCUACAUCAGCAAGCCGGAGAAUCUCAAGCUGAUGAUGAAUCUGCUCCGAGACAAGAGCCCCAACAUCCAGUUUGAGGCCUUCCACGUCUUCAAGGUUUUUGUCGCCAACCCCAACAAGACGCAGCCCAUCAUCGACAUCCUGCUCAAGAACCAGACCAAACUAAUCGACUUCCUGAGCAACUUCCAGAAGGACCGCUCGGACGACGAGCAGUUCAACGACGAGAAGACCUACCUAAUCAAACAGAUCCGGGAUCUGAAGAAGCCGGCCUCCUAGAGGAGCGUCCCUCGCUGCCCUCGACCCCGACUUUUCAUUUGAUAGGAAGACGUACAGUAGAAAAGAACAAAAAACACAGUAACAAUAACGGUUGUUAUGUUUAAAAGACGUUAUAUUCCCCUCCGUUGGUUCAUUUAAAACUUGUGCAACAGUAGUUCUCAAUCACCGAUCUUUCGUUUGUACGUUCUUUUAAUAUCAUGGAAUCUUUUUUUCUCCUUUUCAUCUGUAGCAUGUCGUGGUGUUGGAGGCAGCUGAUGAGCUCGGUGGAGAGAACCAGUGGUUUAAAAAAUAAAAAUAAAAUAAAAAAGAAGCUCAGGCCAGCGUGGUCGUAACCAACCGGGCGUGAACCGCGGUCCGCCGGCUGCAGCUGCUCGGUAGGCCGCAGCACUCGUGUUGAUUUUUAACUUUUUAAAUGUAGCCAUAUAAAAAAUUUUAAAAACAUAUGAAGAAUUUCAGCUUCUUUUUUUUCCUACUCUUCUUUUUUUUACCUGCAUCAACAUGUCGACACAUUCUCAGCGAUUGCUUAAAGUUUUGUACCGAGCACUUCUGCUCGCCAAACGCCAGAUCCCAGGAUUGCUCAAGUUUUCUCCCUCUGAAACUAAAAAAAACAAAUACAUUCACAGAUUUAUCGCUGAUAAUAUCUUUGAGAAAUCGAAAAUAUUUGGCCCGAGUAAAACUGAGAAUAGAGGGAACCGGUUUCAGUCGGUGUGGACCAAAGAUGUGGUAACAAUAUUUGAAGUCUUUGAAAUGAAGGAACAGAAUCGAACCGCGGUACAUGUGAGCUUCAACCCGUUGAUCACUGGUUCUCUUCUCUGGUGGCCGGGAGCACUUUCUGUAUGAUGUUUACUUUUGUUAAUUGUAACACUGUUUUCAAACUUAAUAAUAAUUAUGUUUUAUAUGUAGUUUAAUUUCUUGUCAUGUACAGUUUUAUGAUUUGUACAUCUGAGGUUUCGUGCCAUUGUGAGCGUGAACAUUACUAGCAGGAGGCGCUGGUGUUUUGUUUCACUCCUUUUCCUCUCUGUAUCGUGACUAAAUGUUCUGCUCCCAUUUGGAUCUGAAGGUCUGAGAAACCAGUGAGAGGAUUCAGAGGUGCCUUUUUUUAUUUUGGUUCGGUGUUUCCCUUUUUUGUAUUUUCAGUGUCUAUCAGGGGAGCUUAAUUAUUAUGUCAAUAAGAAUAUGCUCUGGUGGGAACAUAUCUGUUGUGAUUGAGCAGUGAACCUAUUAGCUCGCUAUAUUUGUGUUGCGCUGUCAAAGAAACCUUUUGGACAUCCCGCUUGCCGUCGUGUGCGGGCCCCGGGUCGCAGCCCGUCUCUUGGGGAGUGCCGUUAAAUGUACACAAAUCAAUGUCGCUGAAACGCUACUUUUUAAGUGCUGUUGGUUUUUAUAUUAGAAAUGGAAAAAAAUAUCUAAUAAUUAAAUAAAUAAAAAUCUAAAAAUGACAUUCGCACGUAUAUGAGGAAAAAGAAAAGUGAGUUCAUUCCCCACUUGAUAUUUGAAGCGCAUCCACGAGGGGCGCUGUUGACGCGGUACAUUUGAAGACUAAUAUUUAAAGAAGUGGCGUGCAGCUGGGAGACGGUCGAACAAUUAUGAACCUGUGAAUUGCAAUCUGGUUCUUCGAGGUCUCCGCGUUUUGUCUUUCAGAAUAAACACCAGAUUUUCCUGUGACGCGUCGUGCGGUGCGGAAGUAGAGCAUCCGACUUGAGCCAAACUCCACGUGAUCUGAUCCCAGUGUCCUCUCUGAAAGCGGCCGCCUUGUUUUCCACGUUGUACCACAUUAACGACAAAUAAAAGGAUGGGCAUGCAUGCUU